UUUUCCCGCCUCCUCUUUGUUAUCGCUCUCCAUUCUUUAUUUGCCACUUGAUCUUGUCACGAAACUUUUCCACUACAAUUAUAUUGCAAGAUGUCGGCUACAGAAGGCAAGGUUAUCACAUGCAAGGCGGCUGUCGCUUGGGAGGCCAAGAAGCCGCUGGUCAUCGAGGACAUUGAGGUGGCGCCGCCCAAAGCUCAUGAGGUGCGCAUCAAGAUCACGGCCACGGGCGUCUGCCACACGGAUGCUUUCACCUUGAGCGGUGCCGAUCCCGAGGGCUUGUUCCCCGUGGUCCUGGGCCAUGAGGGCGCCGGCAUUGUGGAAAGCGUCGGAGAGGGAGUGACCAAGUUCAAGGCCGGCGACCACGUUAUUGCCUUGUACAUUCCGCAGUGCGAUGAGUGCAAGUUCUGCAAGAGCGGCAAGACGAAUCUCUGUCAGAAGAUCCGACUAACCCAGGGUGCGGGUGUCAUGCCCGAGGGCACUUCCCGUCUCUCCUGCAAGGGCCAGCAGCUUUUCCACUUCAUGGGAACCUCCACUUUCGCGGAGUACACUGUAGUGGCGGAUAUUUCUCUAACCAAGGUAAACGAGAAGGCGCCGCUGGAGAAGGUUUGCCUGCUGGGUUGCGGCAUCUCUACGGGCUAUGGAGCUGCACUGAACACAGCCAAGGUCACACCUGGCAGUACCUGCGCUGUUUGGGGACUGGGAGCUGUGGGCCUGGCCGUUGGCUUGGGCUGCAAAAAGGCCGGCGCCGCAAAGGUCUACGGUAUCGACAUCAAUCCCGAUAAGUUCGAGUUGGCCAAGAAAUUCGGCUUCACCGAUUUUGUUAACCCCAAAGAUGUGGCCGACAAGGGAGCUAUUCAGAAUUACCUGAUUGACUUGACCGACGGAGGAUUCGAUUACACCUUCGAGUGCAUUGGCAAUGUGAACACUAUGCGUGCAGCUUUGGAGGCUACCCACAAGGGUUGGGGCACCUCUGUUGUUAUUGGUGUGGCUGGCGCUGGUCAGGAGAUCUCUACGCGUCCCUUCCAGCUGGUCGUUGGUCGUGUUUGGAAGGGAUCUGCCUUCGGCGGUUGGCGCUCCGUUUCGGAUGUGCCCAAACUGGUAGAAGACUAUCUGAACAAGGAUUUGCUGGUUGAUGAGUUCAUUACCCACGAAUUGCCUUUGUCCAAGAUCAACGAGGCCUUUGACUUGAUGCACAAGGGCGAGAGCAUUCGCUCCAUUAUCAAGUACUAAAGAAGAAGAUUGUAUUUCAUUUUCCCUUUUUAUAACAGCUGGCAAUUGCAAUCGAUUGCGUAGAAUAAUAAACAAUGUUUGUAUAUGUAA